ACAAGUUGAGACAAGUGACUGCGACUUGGGCGUAGAGGACCUGGGAUAACCCUACACUCUGCAACAAGUUUAUCAGUUAACUUGUUACUAAGCAAAUAACCACCACUAAUUUCAACGUCAAAUGAGCUAGGAUUUGUGAUGUUUUAUGCAUAGUUAUAGUCUUCAUUAUAAUAACAAAUUAGAUCAGAAGAUGGGUGACUCCGCUGCCGCUUCACUGCUAGCAGAAAGUACAUCACUAGCGACCAGCACCCUAGAGCGGGCGACCCUCACAGCUCGGUCCACCACCCUCACCACCAGCUGUGAGCGAGAAACUACACCCAAGCGUAGUGAGGCUCACCAUGGCGAGAGUGGCUUCUUCUGGGGCCUGGUGGUCGUACUUCUGCUGUUGGCAUCUGGCAACCUCCUCCUGACUUUCUUCGCUAUGGGUGUUCUCAGACUUGGCUAUGGCAUGGAGAGUAUUGAGCUGCUUCCUGAAACUCAUACUACUAAGUUCUAUGGCCGUGCAGACUUGGGUAACGUAUACAAGAGAGAUGGGUUGAUUUACAGCUACUCUGAUACACCAUUCUCUAUUCAAGGAGACAACAGCAAGGUGUCGCUGAGCUUGAGAACUUCCAACAACCCCCCCGUGCUGAGUGUUGGACCAGACAAGACUGAGAUACACAGUGUUGAGAGUUUCCAGGUAAUUGACCCACACUCUGGAAGCACUGUUUUCUCAACCAACUACCCUAAUUUUGGUUUACCACAACAUGUCAAGAACCUUAACGUGAAACGAAGUCGUACUGCCAGGAUUACUAGUCCUACCUCUUCAGACUUGAAGAUACGCUCAGAUUCUACUAUUCGACUGAAAGGGAAUGAAGGAAUGUCAUUUGAUGGUGGAAAAUUAACAUGGUCAGCAGAUCAAGAUAUAUAUGUUAAAAGUAUAAAUGGUUCAAUUUUAUUGGAGACUGGAGGUGGCAUAAUGGUAGAUGUGAAUACACUUCCUCUGGCUGGUCCUCUGGAUGUGGCCAAGGACCGUGGUCAGUACAAGCUGUGCAUGUGUAUGCCUGAGGGCCAGCUGUUCCGUGUCCCUGUUCCAGCCGACAAUAAUCGCCGCAACUUUGCCAAUCAAAUCAACUGUGCCAGUUUUACUAAUCCUUGUUCAAGUAUUUAAAUUACAGUAUUUGUAUGAUGUAUGUAUUAAACUGUGUAUAUGGCAUUAUACUCCAGAAUGAUCAUUAACUAAAUAGCACAUAGUUCCUGAUAACAAUGCCUAAUACUCUAUAUUGAAUGCCAAAUUCCACAAAGGGAUUUGCUAUGCAUUACUAAUUCCGUUCUACACUUUAAAUCUGGUUUUAUUUAAGCUUGGUUUAAGCAGUUGGGCCCUUUUGAAAAUGGCUGACUUGAUUCAUGCAAAUAAUAGUAAAAGAAGCACCAUGUAGAACCCGCUGACAGGAAACCUACAAAUUGUGAAGAAUCUACCUAUUUUGAAUAGAAAUUAUUUUUAGUGUGUACUGUAUUUUAAAUUUAAGCAUUAUUUUUCUGACUUUAUAUUUUUGCUCAGGGAUGAGCAGUUUAUUAUUGCACGUUUGCUCUACUGUGGCUUAUUAGCAAGCUUUGAACUAUGGCGUCUCAAUAGUUGGUUUCGUAAUAGCCUAAUGACAUAUUUACACUAUUUCCUGACCUUUACUGCUUAAUAAGGCCUUAACCUAAAGGUACUGUUCAACAUUGUUAUGUUUCAAGGUUUUUAAAAUGGCAUUUGGCUUAUUUGGUAAUACAAAACAUUAACUUUUCUGGGGGUCCAACAGUACAUAUUGGUAUGUUUGACCAAAUAGUUGUUAUAUGUACUUUCAUUUUAGGAAGAUGAGCUGGUUUAUCUAAUAUGCUCAUGACCAGAAGGCUUUGCAUUAUUUUGCAGUUUGUUAAACUAAAGCUGUAGCUCUGAGGCGGUAUUCUGCUCACAAAAAGUUCUUUGCUCGCCACAUUUCGGUAUCGUGCACAAAUCUGUGGUUUUAAAUAUUUUUGUCAGUAAUUUUGGUUACAAAGCCAAUAGGCUCUUUGUGUGGGUGUCACAAUGUUACCUGUUACUCAGUGUAUUUAUUUGCUAGUGCUUCCACAUGACAGUAGAAUGAUUUAGAAAAUUCUUGCAGAGCAAGUUAGCUGGAUAACUUGGUCUAUGUUGAUCAGUUUUUAGAACUGAGUAAGUUUGCUAAGUUAGAUUUGUUUUCUAUGAAUCCUUAUGAUGUUUUAAUGGUAUUCUAAGUGGGUUAAUGAUAGCUUCUUGAAAACUCUGUAAUGAACUUGAAGAAUAAUUUAAAAGAUUUAAAAGAUUUAAGGUGAUGAAGCAUUCAAUGUUCAUUACAUGCCUUGUGACAUAAGUUACAGAAAAGAAAUGGAUAAGGAGGCAUGCAUGAUAUAAGUCGUCUCCAGCCAUGAUACCAUCGUUUGCCACAUUCACUAGCAUGUUAGGUGACUAGUAUUAUGACUAGUAUUAGUAAAUUUGAAUUUAAAUUCUGUGGCUUGUGAACAUUAAACACUAAAGGUAAAUAAAUUUGGGAACUAGUGUUUCACCUCGACCCCAUGUAGUAGAAGUUGACGUGUAUUGUCGUGCCAGUGAAGCUUUAGUCAUCCCUAGACGGUUAGCUGCUACAUAUUACAUAUAAAAUGUGAUGUAUUUUCAUUGCUUUCCUUUAUCUUGCCAAAAUAGAAAGUGGAAAA